AUGCCUUCAUCAAAGGGAGAGCCUACUGAUCCGGAGUUGAGGGAGAAGAUCAAGGAGGAGGUCAAGGCCGAGGAGAAAGGUGGCGGGAAGGGCUCAUGGAGUGCUUGGAAGGCUGGUGAGAUGGCGAGGCGGUACGAGGCUGCUGGAGGCGACUACAAGGAUACUGGGGACAACAAGAACAAGGCGCAGAAGGGUGAGCCGGUGAAGAAGGAUGAUAAGUAG